UUCCCCCCUUCCCCAGAAGCCUUGAUCUUGAAGAUGGUGAGUAGCCAGCCUAAGUACGAUCUAAUACGGGAGGUUGGUCGUGGCAGUUAUGGUGUGGUGUACGAAGCAGUCGUCAGGAAGACCUCUGCACGGGUCGCGGUGAAAAAGAUUCGGUGCCAUGCUCCAGAGAACGUGGAACUAGCUCUGCGUGAGUUCUGGGCACUUAGCAGUAUCAAGAGCCAGCAUCCCAACGUCAUUCACCUGGAAGAGUGCAUCUUGCAGAAAGAUGGUAUGGUGCAGAAGAUGUCCCAUGGCUCCAGUUCCUCCCUUUAUUUACAGCUUGUAGAGACCUCAUUAAAAGGAGAAAUAGUCUUUGACCCCAGAAGUGCUUAUUACCUCUGGUUUGUAAUGGAUUUCUGUGAUGGAGGAGAUAUGAAUGAGUAUCUAUUGUCCCGAAAGCCGAACCGCAAGACCAACACCAGUUUCAUGCUUCAGCUCAGCAGCGCGCUGGCGUUCCUGCACAAAAAUCAGAUUAUUCACCGUGAUCUCAAACCUGACAAUAUUCUGAUAUCUCAGAGCAGGAUGGAUGCUAGUGACUUGGAGCCUACCCUCAAAGUAGCUGAUUUUGGGCUGAGCAAAGUAUGUUCAGCCUCAGGACAGAAUCCCGAGGAACCAGUCAACGUAAAUAAGUGUUUUCUAUCAACUGCAUGCGGAACUGACUUCUAUAUGGCCCCUGAAGUCUGGGAAGGACACUACACUGCCAAAGCAGACAUCUUUGCCUUGGGGAUUAUAAUCUGGGCGAUGUUGGAAAGAAUCACAUUCAUAGAUACAGAAACAAAGAAGGAACUUCUGGGGAGUUAUGUCAAGCAGGGGACAGCGAUUGUGCCUGUUGGAGAGGCGCUUCUAGAAAACCCUAAAAUGGAACUGCUCAUCCCCGUAAAGAAAAAAUCCAUGAAUGCUCGAAUGAAACAGCUGAUCAAGGAAAUGCUGGCUGCCAACCCGCAGGACCGACCCGAUGCUUUUGAACUAGAACUGCGAUUAGUCAACAUAGCUUUUAAAGACAGCAGCUGGGACACGUGAGCUGCCGAGUCGCAUCCCUCUCGACAGAGCUGCUUCUGGCCUGACUGAUGGUGCAAUUUAAUGGCAGUAAAAGAAAUGAGCCUGAACUCAAACCUGCAGGGUGUAGUUUCUACCAAACGAAUCUCUUUUUGAGUUUCAUAACUGAUACGAAUGCGAGUUGGCCGUUGUGUUAACGAUGCAUUGAUGUGUAUAAUACCAGGAUGUGACAUGGAAGUGUAAGAUGUGACGAUGUCCGUUUGUGUACGCUGGCAGUGGGAUGUCCUAAGAGCUGAGACUUGAUUUCCAGCACU